AAAAUAUGGACGACAGAAGAGUAGCAGAUUAUUUUGUUAUUGCCGGUCUACCUGGUCAGGAUGACGAGCUUAGCGAAGAUAAUGAGACUAACGACAAGCUGGAGGCUUGGUGUCAGGAAGGCACUCAUCUCAAAGAUAUGCACAUGCCACCUCCUAUCACAGAUCUUGCCGUAAUAUUUCCUGCACUGGGGGAACAUUGUCCGGAAGGAUAUACACUCUUAGAAUAUACAGUAUCCGGUUUUCCAGCAGACUUAAAUCAUGGCAGUUUACGAACAAACGAGUGUUAUUUGUGCUAUAGAAGAGGACGGGAUAAACCUCCCUUGGUUGACAUUGGUGUAAUAUAUGAUGGAAAAGAACGUAUAAUGCAAGAUGCCGAAAUGGUAUUAGAGACCCCUAAAGGCCAUGUGGCGAAUGUGAAUAAUUCUACGUCAAAAAUUUUUGUAACAUACAGACGAGCGAGUCGGAAAAUGCCUUGCAAUUCCCUUGUGGUUACGGAUAUUUGUGUUAUCUUGACAAACAAAGGAGAGAGUCCGCCACAUGCUUUCUGUGUUAUUAAUAAGAAUUUGAACAAAGGGAUGCUGGGCAGCGACGUAUUUUUGUGCUAUAAAAAAUCUAUGAAUCGCGCUAAUUUAGUAUCAUUUAAACCAGCGAUACUUUACAAAUAUCCCAUGGUAGAUUACAACAGUUUCGUCUUUCCUAAUUCUGUCGCCAUGUUUUGUCUACCGAUGGGCGCGACUAUAGAAUGUUGGCCUAAAGUAGCGUGUAAACCUAAGCCAGUAUUCUCGACGUUUGUCUUAACGGUUGCCGAUGCUGCUCAAAAAAUAUAUGGUUCAGCAAUAACAUUUUAUGAGGAGGUUCAAAUGGAGCCCGAUACUUCAAAUUGCAAAAGUAGUCAGGAGAUCAUGGACACAGUUGAAAAUAAUAAAAACAGUGAUAAUAUGGAGAUAACUAAAGAUAAGCCGCAAGUGAAAAUGAAGAUGUUUAAGAGAUUUGGCAUACUUAAGAAACUUAGUAUAUUGGAACUGGAAAGAUUGCAAUACACAGAUCCUGCGAGCCAAUCGCUGAAUAUUAGUAAAUCCAUAUGUAUACUAUCUCACUGGCCGUUUUUUGACACGUUUGAAAAAUUUUUGGUUUUCCUACAUCGCAUGGUGAACGAUAAGCCGCAGAAUGUCCCGAUUGAGAAAUAUAUCUCGUAUUUUUUAUGCGAUAUACCGUUUCCAAGUCCGCAACGUCCACGAAUAUUGGUACAGCUCAGUAGUCAGGAUAGAUUAAUCUUGACUCAACCGGAGGAUUUAGCUCUGCCUAGAUCAGGCGCAAGUUUCAGACAACUAUUGAUAAACUUGGGACCUGACAAUUGUUUAUUAAUACUAUUAUUAAUAUUGACCGAGCAGAAAAUAUUAGUUCACUCCUUACGUCCGGAUGUAUUAACUUCCGUCAGUGAGGCCAUUGCCAUGAUUCUGUUUCCUUUUAAGUGGCAAUGUCCUUACAUACCACUGUGUCCUCUAGGAUUAGCAGAGGUGUUGCAUGCACCAUUGCCAUUCCUGAUCGGCGUGGAUUCAAGGUUCUUUGAUUUAUAUGAUCCUCCUUCUGACGUCAAUUGUGUAAAUUUGGAUACGAAUAACAUUGCAAUAUGUGACGAUAAAAAAUAUUUAAAUGUUAAAUUAUUGCCUAAAAAGGCAGCUAGACAGCUCAGAAAUUGGUUAGAGCUUUUGUCCUCCAAGAUAAUUUCGUGGGGAAAAACUAGCUGUUCCCAAAAAGAUAGAGGAGAUGAAGACUUCAGCGUGGAUAGGGAAUUUCAACAAAAACGAAAAGAGCAAGCUUUAGAACUUGAAAUACAGGAUGCUUUCUUAAGAUUCAUGGCGACGAUUCUCAAAGGAUAUCGAAGUUAUUUGUUACCGAUUACAAAAGCGCCUACUGUAGGAACAACAGAUCCGACAAGUUUAUUUAAUAUCCAAGCGUUUUUGAGAAGUCGUGAUAAAGCCCAUGCUAAAUUUUACACCAUGCUUGUCAGAACGCAAAUGUUUAUCAGGUUCAUAGAAGAAAGAAGUUUCGUAUCUGAUAUGGAUAUGGCAGGGUUGGCGUUUUUCGAUGAAUGCACAGAACGAGUCGAGGAGGAAAAUGUAACACUUUUGGAACUGGAUGAAUCUCAACAUAGUGAACGUACAGUAUUCAUACCUCCACCUGAAGCAGGAACAAAUCAAACACCAAUAAUAUACAAGUCGUUCAAGUUGGACCCAGAACUAAUGAGGCCUCAGAAGAAUUUCUGUUUAAAGAAUCCCUCUCUAAGUGCCUUCGGUAUGGUACCUGGAAGUCCUAUGGCUCGUAGAACGAAGCAUGAAAUCAAAGUUGCUCAAAGAAUGGCUCGAAAACAAGCUGCAAUGCCCGAUAGAUGGGGUAGAUGCCUGCUUGGUACAUGUCACAGUCUUUGGUUUCUGCAUUUACCGGCCAUGUUACAAGUCUCCAGCCAACCUGCUGCAGUUUUGCAUCAGGCCUAUGAAAUAUUAGUUAAAAUGCAGAAGUUACGUCUUGAUCCUAUGGAAGAGGUAUGCUACAGAGCUAUGAUGCAACUUUGUGGGGUAUACGGGCAACCAGUUUUAGCUGUAAAAUUAUUGUUCCAUAUGAAACGCAGUGGUGUUCAACCUAAUGCUUUAACGUACGGAUUUUACAACAAGGCUGUUCUCGAGGCAACUUGGCCUUCCGAUAUGACAAACUCAAGUCAGUUAAUGUGGAAUAAAUUACGAAAUGUUAUCGUCGGUGCAGCUUUAUUUAAAAAAGCUGGGAAAAAGAGCGCCAGAAGACGAUUGAGCUCUAAUGUAGACUUCUUAGCUACCGAUAAGACUGAAUGCAUGGAACAUGCGCUCUCUCGGUCUAGUCUCGACAGUUCCCAUUCUCAGGAUACCGAAGCUGCGCACAGUGAUUCCACUAAAGGCAGUUCUGUGUCAGAUCUACCCGGAUUCGGAGCAUUCGAAUUAAAAGCUAAGCUCCUUCGACAGAAUAGCAUAGUGAAAGAUCAAACAACAUUAAGUAUUUUACAAUCGGAUGAAUUGGAACAAACACCGAGUAAUCCAAGGCUAACGCGCAGUGUCGAAUCGCCUUUAAAAAGUCCCAUACGCACACCAGUUACGGAAAAUGACCCAUUGGGUGCUCUCAUUAAUGACGAAACACCGAUUGUGUCGCCUUCCGAGGAGAAUGAUUCAAAUUGCUCAACAAGUACUUUAACCGUUUUAAAUAAUACGACUGAAGAGAGACCAGGAGGGCCGCUCUUAUUUAGAAGCAACAUCCUCCCACGUAGUGCGACGUUUCAUCAAGUAGAUGAAAGUGGCAUGACGAUGGGUGGGCAUUUGCAGAGAAGUGAGACGAUGCCUCACUCCGUGGCACAACAAGGGGAACAGGAGAGAGAAAAGGAGAGACUGGAAAUAAGCAGUCUUUGGUCUCAAAAUAAGGAUAGUGUAACGUCCAGCCUCUCUAGCUUAGGAUCUAGUCUUAAACUUAGUUUCGGACGAUAUUCCACGGGUGGAUUGGCAUUUGCUAAAAAUAAGGAUUUAAUAUCAUCGAAUCAACUUAUUGAAUCUCUUAGUCUCUCCAGCUAUAUCAGCCCAUCGAGUUUAACAGGAAAAAAAUCGAACGAAAUAAUACUUGGUGGUUUAAAUAGCUUAAAGUCCGCUGCAACGACUGUGGUCAAAAAAUUUGACGAAAUCAAAGAAGCCAUUUCAGCGACAAGUACGCCAGUGAAAAAUAAAGAACGUGAACAAAAAAUAGCUUACGGAGUAUCGCAUGAAUCUCUAGAUUCUCUCACUGAUUCCAUACAAGAUCGAAAUGAAACGAGAACCUCUGGUGAUGGAAAUUUAGAUUUGUGUCCACUGUAUGAGCUCGCUGAGUGUCUGUAUCCAAAAGGCACUAGAGAAUUAGAGGAACGUCUUGCUAUUGAGCUUGUGCUUUCCAGUGCCAGUAGAUGUCAUCAUUGCGCUGCCAUCCUGUAUGAUGAGGAGAUAAUGGCUGGUUGGCAGCCAGAAGAUUCCAACUUGAAUACAGUCUGUCAAUAUUGCGACAAAGCUACCGUACCUCUCCUCACAGCUACGAUAUUAGAUUACAGAUCCGAAGUAAGUGAGAAGAAUAGUGACCCUUUAAUGGGAGCACUGGUAGAAUUAUUGGAUCAACCGAAAGAAUCGUUGGAACCGAUAACCGUACCAUACCUAAAUCCAUUAGUUUUGAGAAAAGAAUUAGAAAGUGUACUGAGUCAAGAGGGGGACGCAUGUCUCACUAAGCACAGGUUCAUUCAAGAACACCCGAUAGUAUAUUGGAAUUUGAUAUGGUACUUUGAAAGGAUUAAUUUAACGAGUCAUUUACCUGAUCUGUGGUUGGAUAAUGAUAAGAACUCAGAACUUCAAAGAACUGUAGGAUUGGUAGGAGUUAGAACCAUGUGGGAUAACGAACGACUCCACAUGGACCGUUUGCCUAUGUAUCUCCAAUGGAAGUCAAAUUCCACAGAAGACAGGACAUUGAUGCAGACAGUGAUAACGUAUGUCCGUUGCAACGACUUAGCGGAACCUAUAUUAAGAGUGGCCUUAGAAAGAAGUAAACAUCAAACAGGCGAUCAUCCGUUUUCUAUAUAUAGAGAUAUUUUGUUUCUGGCAUUUACUGUAUUAGGAAGAACGAAUAUUGACCAAGGCGUCUUCGACAGGGAAUACAGUUUAUCGCUGGAGAAAUUUUCCGAGAACGAUGAGAAGUUAUUACAUAAAAUUGAUGCGCCGCCGACGAUGAUGUCAGUGUACUGCAGAUAUUAUUUUAAGCAAUUAAACGUGUGAAGAUCACGCGAGCAGCCGUAAUCCCGAAGAUGCUUAAAAAAAAUUGUCCUGUUUGAGACAUUGAAGGAGAUGUGAUAUUGCGCGAAUAACUCUCGCGAGUAUAACAUUCUGUACUUGCGCAAUGCACACGAGACGAAUAUGCGCGCAAGGAACGAUGUUAAAAUAGAUUUUACGACAUCCCAAAAUGUCUAACAUCAUGACAACAGCGACGUUGGCUGCUACAUGUUGAAUGUUUAUUAUUAUCUAACACGGAGGACUAUUAAUGUUAUCGACGAUGAAUUAUGCUCGAUGAGUCCGAUUUACAGCACCUUUUCUCGAAAUGCGAUCGGCAAAGUAUGAUCGGCGUCAUAGCGCAGACAUGCGAACUAACGUUACCUCAUCUUCAUUUUUUUUUUUCAUAAAACUCCGCUUACACUCGCUGACACCCGUGAUACUUGUCUUUGCUUACGCAAAAAGAAAAAUAUAGUUGGAUUCGAGCUCACACGUUCUCGAACUUCGAUCACAUACGCACGUGAAAACUGACGGGAGUAGCCAUUGGUUGCAUCGAUAUCAUUUUAGCAUUAAUUGCUAAAUUGUCGGUUAAUUAAAUUAUUUCUUUCUUUAUUACAGCGACAGAAGGCUGUGAUACAGAAAUGAGGAAAUUGUUAACCAGUUCGAUAACAAGAUCAGUCAGUGCAAUAGAAGUUGAACGAUACUAUUUUUAAUCUUACAUCUCUGAUCUUCAUAUGUUUAUAAUAUAAUUGUUUUUAACAGUUAUCGACUCUUAUUUUUUUUUUUAAUUAAUGAAUCGGGUCGCGCAUGCCUCUGUUUUGUGAUUCAGUAACUUGUGCAGCGCAUUAGCGUAUCUAAGAGUACAACAUUGAAAAGUGUUAAGUACCAAAGAAUUUACGGACUGUAAAGCGACUGCAAGUUCAAUUCCCUCCAGGUGUGCUGUGACCUUAAAUACGUUUCAGUCCGACACGUAAUAUCCGCGAUGUAAAGAAGAAAGAAAAAAGAGGCGAUGUUAAACAAGGCAGCGCCUAAUACCGACUAUUUUUUUUACCGCGAAGAAGAGCGAGAGAGAAAGAGAAAACGCGAUGUAAAGUAUAGAGUGUGACAUGACGAAACGCAGUAUUCUUUCCUUGUACUCUUAGGUAGAAAUGAUCGUUUAUUGCACGGCAAAACACAGCGUAAGUAUCGUUUUUCUGCGUCCCAGGUGAAAAGUGUUCUUCAUAGGGCAUGGCGCGUUAAACUCGACUAUUUAUCCUCAACGUAAAUGCUUAGCAUGAGAGUGAAUAUUUUUAUGGAUUCUAGACAAUUCAAAGCAUUUGUAAUAGAUUAGCGAAACUUAGUUAGAUGACGCUGCCCACGAUUUAUUCUCUGUCGAAAUGAAAUGAAGAGAUUAUUUGUCGCAAGGGGAAACUCAUACGAACGCGGUUUUUCAGUGCCGUGCACUUUUCACCCUGGACAAAAUGGAUGAACGUUUGUUCAUUCAUUACAGUACUAUGAAUGUAGAAAUGAAAAUAAAGUCAGUUGAGGUAUUUUACAAA